GGUUAAAAAGUGCCAACCCACAACUCUCUAUGCCCUGUUUCAAAACUGCUCUUUCAAAGGCUUUUUUUGGGAGGAGGAAUCUUAGAGAGAGAAAUAGAGAGGGGGAGGUGUUGUGUGGGUGUGUGACCCAUGCGCACAGUGGCGCAACAUAUGGCCAAACCCCUCUGUAGUUCUCACCUGCCAACACUACCAGUCCCUGGAGGUCCCUGCUAACCUACGCUGGCCUUGCGCAGCUCGUAAACUCCACCCAUUCAUCACUAAUGAUUGAACUGGGCUAGUUUACAAUGCCGCCUCCACCAGAAUUUUCAUUGGCGAGGAUGGCUUUUCUCUUCCUUUUACUAUUCUGCGCCCCCUUCUUAUCCUGUGCCCAACGCAGCGCCGAAACCCUAGCCGAGAUCGAAGCCCUUGCCUCCUUCAAAAUCAAUAUCCACGAUCCACUUGGAGUCCUCAACGGCUGGGAUUCGUCGACGCCGUCGGCUCCAUGCGACUGGCGUGGCGUCACCUGCUACAACGGCCGGGUCGACGAGCUCCACCUGCCUCGCCUCCAACUCGGCGGCCCACUCACGGCGCAAAUCUCUAACCUGCGCAUGUUGCGCAAGCUCAGCCUCCGCUCCAACUUCUUCAACGGUACAAUCCCUACUUCUCUCUCCAAAUGCGCUCUCUUACAUUCUCUUUACUUGCAAUACAACUCAUUUUCCGGCAACCUCCCGCCGGAAAUAUCUGCCCUCGCCGGCCUCCAAAUCCUCAACGUCGCCGGAAACCAACUCUCCGGCGAUGUCCCCGGGGACCUCCCUCGAAGUCUCCGCUACAUUGAUCUCUCGUCUAACUCAUUCUCCGGUGGCCUGCCGAGAAACUUCUCGACCUCAUCGAAGAUUCUGCUAAUCAAUCUGUCGUACAAUCAGUUAUCCGGCGAGAUUCCGGCGAGCUUCGGUGAGCUCCAGCAGCUUCAGUUUCUCUGGCUCGAUUUCAACCGUUUGGAAGGGACAUUGCCGUCCGCAAUCACGAACUGUGUUUCGCUGGUUCAUUUCAGUGCCGAAGGUAACGCCAUAGAAGGCGUGAUUCCUGGAGCGAUUGGUUCACUUCCAAAGCUUCAAGUGAUAUCUCUUUCACACAAUAAACUCUCUGGUUCUAUCCCCUCUUCAAUGUUCUGUAACGUAUCUGUAUAUCCUCCAUCCAUUCGGAUUGUGCAGUUAGGUUUUAAUGCGUUCACGGACAUUGCUUCGCCUGAUACAGCAACGUGUUCUAGUGUUCUGCAAAUUUUGAAUCUUCAACAGAAUCAGAUAAAUGGCAUGCUUCCUUUGUGGUUGACCAACAUUUCCUCAUUAACAAUGCUUGAUGUUUCGGAUAACUCAUUUUCAGGUACGAUUCCAGCUGAAAUCGGAAAUUUAUGGAGAUUGGAGGAAUUGAAGAUGGCGAAUAAUUCGCUGAACGGUGUGAUUCCACCUGAGAUUAAGAGAUGCAUUGCUUUGCGAGUUCUUGAUCUUGAAGGAAAUCACUUCACCGGGGAAAUUCCGGCAUUUUUCAGUGAGAUUAGAGGUUUGAAGGUGCUGUCACUUGGUGGAAAUCGAUUCUCCGGUUCAAUUCCUUUGAGUUUUGGUAAUCUUACGCAGCUCGAAACCCUGAAUUUGAUGGAUAAUAGUUUGACCGGAGCAUUGCCGGAGAAGUUAAUGGGAUUGAGCAAUCUGUCCACAUUGAACCUCAGCGGUAACAAGUUUUCCGGCGGAGUUCCAAUCAAUGUUGGGAAAUUGAGGCAGCUAUCAGUUCUGAAUAUGAGUGGGAAUGGGUUUUCGGGUACAAUUCCAGCAACUGUGGGAACUCUUUACAGGCUGACCACACUCGAUCUGAGCAAACAGAAUCUCUCCGGUGAGCUGCCGUUUGAUCUAGCUGGUUUGCCUAAUUUGCAAGUGAUUGCUUUGCAAGAAAAUAAGUUAUCUGGGAAUGUUCCUGAAGGUUUGAGCAGCUUGUUGAGCUUGCGCUACUUGAACCUAUCUUCCAAUGCCUUUUCUGGUCACAUUCCUUCCACCUUUGGCUUCCUCAAGUCACUAGUUGUUCUCUCAUUGUCUAACAACCAUAUAUCUGGCUCGAUUCCUCCCGAGCUAGGCAAUUGUUCUGAUCUUGAAAUUAUGAAUCUUCAUUCAAACUCUUUCAGUGGCCAAAUUCCAGAUGAUCUCUCUCGACUUUCCCAUUUGAAAGAGCUUGAUUUGGGUAAGAACAAUUUAACAGGUGAAAUCCCGGAAGAAAUUUCAAAAUGCUCGUCGCUUACUUCCCUUGUUUUAGACUCUAAUUAUCUUUCAGGCACCAUACCGGAUUCAUUGUCCAAUUUGUCAAACCUCACCACCUUGGACCUCUCUGCCAACAACUUGAGUGGGGAGAUUCCAGCAAAUCUCUCACACAUAUCUACCCUAGUGAACUUCAAUGUAUCACAAAAUAACCUCGAGGGUGAGAUUCCAUUGAUGCUGGGUUCUAGAUUCAACAAUUCUUCGGAGUUCACAGGUAAUCCCGGUCUAUGUGGGAAGCCAUUGGACAAGAAAUGUGAGGAGACUAAUAUUGGUAAGAGGAGGAAGAGGCUAAUUUUGUUGAUUGCUACGGCUGCUGGUGGAGCUUGCCUCAUGGCAUUGUGUUGCUGCUUUUACAUUUUCAGUCUCCUGAGGUGGCGCAAGAGGCUCAAAGAAGCUGCUGCUGGAGAGAAGAAACCGAGUCCAAGGGCAAGUUCAGCAGCAAGUACUGGAGGCCGUGGCAGCAGCGAUAAUGGGGUUCCAAAGCUUGUUAUGUUCAAUAACAAGAUUACACUCGGCGAAACAAUAGAAGCAACAAGGCAAUUCGAUGAGGAAAAUGUGCUAGGCAGAACUAGAUAUGGGUUGGUUUUCAAGGCUUCCUACAACGAUGGAAUGGUGCUCUCAAUCCGUAGACUCCCGGACGGAUCACUGGAGGAAAACAUGUUCAGAAAAGAAGCUGAAUCACUAGGUAGAGUGAAGCACCGCAACCUAACCGUCCUCCGCGGCUACUACGCCGGACAACCUGACCUCAGACUCCUGAUCUACGACUACAUGCCCAAUGGAAACCUCGCAACACUCCUCCAAGAAGCAUCUCACCAAGAUGGUCAUGUUCUCAAUUGGGCAAUGCGACACCUAAUUGCACUAGGAAUCGCCCGCGGCCUCGCCUUUUUACACACAGCUGCCAUGGUUCACGGAGAUGUGAAGCCCCAAAACGUCCUAUUUGAUGCCGAUUUCGAAGCCCAUCUCUCCGAUUUCGGGCUCGAUCGGUUCAUGAUCAAAUCCUCAACAGAACCCUCCACUUCAACCACAGUGGGGACUUUGGGGUAUGUAUCACCAGAAGCUUCAUUAACAGGGGAGGCCACUAAAGAAUCAGAUGUGUACAGCUUUGGCAUAGUGUUGCUUGAGCUAUUAACAGGGAAGAGACCAGUGAUGUUCACACAAGAUGAGGAUAUAGUGAAGUGGGUGAAGAGACAGCUUCAAAGAGGUCAAAUUUCAGAGCUUCUUGAACCGGGACUUCUUGAGCUAGACCCUGAGUCGUCGGAGUGGGAAGAGUUCUUGCUGGGUGUGAAAGUCGGCUUGCUCUGCACAGCUCCGGAUCCACUCGACCGUCCCACCAUGUCCGACAUUGUCUUCAUGCUCGAAGGUUGCCGUGCCGGCCCCGAUAUCCCGUCGUCGGCCGAUCCCACCUCUCAGCCCUCGCCGGCGUGACAUCAACGUGUCUUAACAUUAUUUUAAUGUUUUUAUCAUUUUAAAUCCCAAUUUUAGGAGUAGUUGUAAUUUUUUAGUAGCUCUGUUUGUUUUUUUUUUUUACCAAUAGAGGUUUGUUUUGGCCGCCGGAGCUUUGUUGGGUCCCACAAAGAGGGAAGAUUUCAAAGUUUGUUUAUUUAGUCAACGACGGGGACAGGUCCGCGAUCUAAGCGGACGAAAGAGUAGGAUGGUGGGGUCCACAGUGUUGUUUUUCUACUUUUUCCCGCCAAGGGACCAGAGGAGUGACGUGAUAGAGUCACGUGGGUUAUAGCAGUGAAAAAUAUAGCCGUUAAUGGUGGGGGUACAAGUGGCAGGACCACUUGGCCUGUCCUGCCGCCACGUGGGGUUUUCUGAUGCCCUGAGAUGCAACAGGAGGAAGAAGACAGGUAUCGGGUAAUUCAGAGGACCCACCGGAUCAGGCGGAACAAGUGGACAUGGAGAUCCGAAGAGGAUAGGGGGGUGUUUGCAGAGAGAAAAUUAUUACUAUGAUUCGGGUUGGUGACCCACCAAUUGAUUAAUUUUUGAACUUUUUGUGGGUCAGGGCUUUUGUUUUUUAUUUUUGCAAUUUGUUUUGUCAUCUAAUAUUUUGUUUCAUGAGCCCAAGUUUAUGUUUUUCAUACUCUAGUUUUUGUUUUUGUGGAUAAAGCUUUUGUUAGGGGGUGCAAUGUGGGUAAGCAAGAAGAUUUCAAUGCAAAUCCAAUUGAGUCUUUAAA